AGUAUCACCGGGCGAGCGAGGGUCACACUGACAAUUCCCUCGCGGAUUUUUUCAACAGGUGUUGGUUAAUUGGCUUAAAGCAUCGAAAUGGGCGACGUGACAGGACUGAGCAAUGCCCAGGCCGACGAGCUGUGCCAGAAGCCGGAUUCGUCCACCAAGGACUUCCUCUUCCAGCAAACCAUGUACCGCAUCAAGGAUCCACGCAAGUCGCUGCCCUUCUACACGGGCGUCCUCGGGAUGACCUUGCUGGUGAAACUGGACUUCCCCGAGGCCAAGUUCUCGCUGUACUUUUUGGGCUACGAGAAAGCCACUGAUGUGCCUAAGGAUCCCAAGGAGCGACGAAGCUGGGCGCUGAGCCGCAAGGCCACCAUUGAGUUGACCCACAACUGGGGCACUGAGAGGGAUCCGGAUCAGAAUUACCACACCGGCAACACCGAUCCACGUGGCUUCGGACACAUUGGAGUCAUGGUGCCCGACGUGUACGCCGCCUGCCAGCGCUUCCAGGAGCUUGGCGUGGACUUUGUGAAGAAGCCCGACGACGGCCGCAUGAAGGGACUGGCCUUCAUCAAGGACCCCGACGGCUACUGGAUCGAGAUCUUCAAUGCACACUCCGUCUAGUCUGGCUGGCAGAUAGAUUUACCUUGAUUAAUUGCGCAUCUGCCACUGUUCCUUAAAAGCGAUCCCCACUGGGCUGGCCCGUCGAGUGGAGUCGCAACAAUAAAUGCGAAAUUGUGUAACAA